GGGCUCAGUGGGAGGCCUCUGUUUCCUGGCUUAAGUCCACAAUGGAUAUAGACAAUGAAACACUACUCCAGGACUUUCUCUUGCUGGGCUUUCCUGGGUCCCAGGCCCUUCAACUCUCUCUCUUCAUGCUUUUUCUGGUAAUGUACGUCCUCACAGUUGGCGGUAAUAUGGCUAUCUUGAUGUUGGUGAGUACCUCCCACCAGUUACAUACGCCCAUGUACUUCUUUCUGAGCAACCUGUCUUUCCUAGAGAUUUGGUAUACCACAGCUGCGGUCCCCAAAGCCCUGGCCAUCCUACUGGGGAGAAGUCAGACCAUAUCAUUUACAAGCUGUCUUUUGCAGAUGUACCUUGUUUUCUCCUUAGGCUGCACAGAGUACUUCCUCUUGGCAGCCAUGGCUUAUGACCGCUAUCUUGCUAUCUGCUAUCCUCUACGCUAUGGGACAAUCAUGAGCAGCCUGCUGGCUGCACAGCUGGCCUUGGGCUCCUGGGUCUGUGGUUUCCUGCUCAUUGCAGUGCCAACAGCCCUUAUCAGUGGCCUGUCCUUCUGUGGCGCCCGUGCCAUCAACCACUUCUUCUGUGACAUUGCACCUUGGAUCGCCCUGGCCUGCAUCAGCACACAGGCAAUAGAGCUCGUGGCCUUUGUGAUUGCUUUUGUGGUCAUCCUGAGUUCAUGCCUCAUCACUCUGGUCUCCUACGUGUACAUUAUCAGCACCAUCCUCAGGAUCCCAUCUGCCAGUGGCAGGAGCAAAGCCUUCUCUACGUGCUCCUCUCACCUCACUGUGGUGCUCAUCUGGUAUGGGUCCACGAUUUUUCUUCACAUCCGCACCUCCAUCACAGAUGCCUUGGAUCUGACCAAAGCUGUCCAUGUCCUGAACACCGUGGUGACUCCAGUUCUAAACCCCUUCAUCUAUACACUCCGUAACAAGGAAGUAAGAGAAAGUCUGCUGAAGAAAUGGAAGGGAAAAUAAAUCUCCUUCUAC